AUGUGGAACGACACCGGAGAACAACAUAUUGCCCCUCCAGGGACGGGAGGCCCAUCGAUACCACCACCGCCUCCGUCUCAGCCUUCUUACACCGUACUGGCGCCGUCGCAAAUAGUGUCGAAUCCAGCUGAUGCUGAGGCGAAGCUGGAGGAGAAGGCGAGGAAAUGGCAGCAACUUAACACUAAGAGGUAUAGCGAUAAGAGGAAGUUUGGUUUCGUCGAAACGCAAAAGGAGGAUAUGCCGCCUGAGCAUGUGAGAAAGAUUAUAAGAGACCAUGGGGACAUGUCCUCCAAGAAAUAUCGUCAUGAUAAACGUGUGUAUCUUGGAGCCCUUAAAUUCAUUCCGCAUGCAGUUUACAAGCUUCUUGAGAAUAUGCCAAUGCCCUGGGAGCAGGUCCGUGAUGUGAAGGUUCUAUACCAUAUUACCGGAGCAAUCACUUUUGUGAAUGAAAUUCCAUGGGUUGUUGAACCUAUAUACUUAGCUCAGUGGGGGACAAUGUGGAUCAUGAUGCGAAGAGAAAAGAGAGAUCGUCGGCAUUUCAAGAGAAUGAGGUUUCCACCUUUUGACGACGAGGAACCUCCUUUGGACUAUGCUGAUAAUUUGUUAGAUGUUGAUCCUCUGGAGCCUAUUCAAUUAGAGUUGGAUGAAGAAGAAGAUUCUGCUGUCUAUACUUGGUUUUAUGACCAUAAGCCUCUUGUUAAAACGAAGCUUAUCAAUGGUCCAAGUUACAGGAGGUGGCAUCUCUCCCUUCCAAUAAUGGCAACUCUUCACCGUCUGGCAGGACAGCUACUUUCUGAUCUAAUUGAUCGCAACUAUUUCUAUUUGUUCGAUAUGGAGUCAUUCUUUACAGCUAAAGCAUUGAACAUGUGCAUACCUGGUGGGCCUAAGUUUGAACCUUUGUAUCGUGAUAUGGAGAAAGGGGAUGAGGACUGGAACGAGUUCAACGACAUCAACAAACUCAUUAUUCGAUCGCCUUUGCGGACAGAGUAUAGGAUUGCAUUUCCUCAUCUUUACAACAAUAGGCCCAGGAAAACUCAUGAUGAUGAUGAUGAUGAUGGUGAAGAUUUCGUUCUGCCAGAAGGGGUGGAGCCUUUUCUUGAGGAUACACAGCUUUAUACAGACACCACAGCUGCUGGCAUUUCCUUGUUAUUUGCCCCACGACCUUUUAACAUGAGAUCUGGACGGAUGAGGCGAGCAGAAGAUAUACCGCUUGUGUCGGAGUGGUAUAAGGAGCACUGUCCUCCAUCAUAUCCUGUCAAAGUUCGAGUGAGCUAUCAGAAAUUGUUGAAAUGUUUUGUGUUGAAUGAAUUGCAUCAUAGACCACCAAAAGCUCAGAAGAAGAAGCACUUGUUCCGGUCUCUUGCAGCAACUAAAUUCUUCCAAACCACAGAACUUGAUUGGGCUGAAGCAGGUCUUCAAGUUUGUAAGCAGGGGUACAACAUGCUGAAUCUGUUGAUACACCGAAAGAAUUUAAAUUACCUCCACCUUGAUUAUAAUUUCAACUUGAAGCCUGUGAAGACCCUUACUACAAAGGAACGCAAAAAGUCAAGAUUUGGGAAUGCUUUUCAUCUUUGUCGUGAGAUCUUGCGUUUGACAAAGCUUGUGGUUGAUGCCAAUAUACAGUUCAGGCUGGGUAAUGUGGAUGCUUUCCAACUGGCUGAUGGUCUUCAGUAUACAUUUUCCCAUGUUGGUCAGUUGACAGGAAUGUACAGAUACAAGUAUAGGCUGAUGCGUCAGAUAAGAAUGUGCAAAGAUCUUAAGCAUUUGAUAUAUUACCGCUUCAAUACUGGCCCAGUGGGUAAGGGACCUGGUUGUGGGUUUUGGGCACCCAUGUGGAGGGUAUGGCUGUUUUUCCUACGUGGCAUAGUGCCGCUUCUUGAAAGGUGGUUGGGGAAUCUUCUCGCGAGACAGUUUGAAGGGCGCCAUUCAAAAGGAACUGCCAAGACUGUUACAAAGCAGCGUGUUGAGAGCCACUUUGACUUGGAGCUCCGUGCUGCUGUUAUGCAUGAUGUUCUUGAUGCCAUGCCAGAGGGCAUUAAGCAAAAUAAGGCUAGAACGAUACUGCAGCACCUCAGUGAGGCUUGGCGAUGCUGGAAAGCAAACAUUCCCUGGAAGGUUCCUGGUUUACCAGUUCCCAUUGAAAACAUGAUACUUCGGUAUGUCAAGUCAAAGGCAGACUGGUGGACGAAUGUUGCUCACUAUAAUCGUGAGCGUAUAAGAAGGGGUGCAACUGUUGAUAAGACAGUUUGUAGAAAAAAUCUUGGAAGACUGACUCGCCUUUGGUUGAAGGCAGAACAGGAACGUCAACACAACUAUUUGAAAGAUGGCCCGUAUGUCACUCCAGAAGAAGCUGUUGCUAUUUACACAACAACUGUCCAUUGGCUGGAGUCCAGAAAGUUUUCCCCAAUUCCAUUCCCUCCCUUGUCAUACAAGCAUGACACUAAGCUACUUAUACUUGCUUUGGAAAGGCUGAAAGAAUCAUAUAGCGUGGCUGUGAGAUUAAACCAACUUCAGAGGGAAGAGCUGGGCCUUAUAGAACAAGCGUAUGAUAACCCACAUGAGGCUUUAUCUCGGAUAAAGCGUCACCUUCUCACUCAGCGUGCUUUCAAAGAAGUUGGCAUAGAGUUCAUGGAUUUGUAUAGCGCUCUGAUUCCUGUUUAUGAAAUUGAACCUCUUGAAAAAAUAACAGAUGCUUAUCUGGACCAAUAUCUGUGGUAUGAAGGUGACAAACGUCACCUCUUUCCAAACUGGAUUAAACCUGCAGAUUCUGAGCCUCCACCACUGCUUGUUUAUAAAUGGUGUCAGGGGAUAAACAAUUUGCAAGGUAUUUGGGACACAAGUGAGGGGCAAUGUGUGGUGAUGCUUCAGACCAAGUUCGAGAAGUUCUUUGAAAAGAUUGACUUGACAAUGUUGAAUAGGCUUCUUCGUUUGGUUCUCGACCACAAUAUUGCUGAUUAUGUUACUGCAAAAAACAAUGUUGUCCUUUCCUACAAGGAUAUGAGUCAUACCAAUUCGUAUGGUUUGAUACGUGGCCUUCAGUUUGCUUCUUUUGUGGUACAGUAUUAUGGGCUUGUGCUGGAUCUCCUACUUCUUGGAUUGACUCGAGCCAGUGAGAUUGCUGGUCCACCACAAAUGCCAAACGAAUUUAUCACCUACUGGGAUACGAAGGUUGAGGCACGACAUCCAAUUCGUCUGUAUUCCAGGUACAUUGACAGGGUGCAUAUCUUGUUCCGGUUCACUCAUGAAGAGGCCCGAGAUCUAAUUCAGCGAUAUCUUACUGAGCAUCCUGAUCCCAACAAUGAAAAUAUGGUUGGGUAUCAGAACAAGAAAUGCUGGCCUAGAGAUGCAAGAAUGAGGCUUAUGAAACAUGAUGUCAAUCUUGGGAGGAGUGUUUUCUGGGACAUGAAGAAUCGUCUCCCUCGAAGCAUCACAACUUUAGAGUGGGAGAACAGCUUCGUUUCUGUUUACAGCAAGGACAACCCAAACUUGCUUUUUAGCAUGUGUGGGUUUGAAGUUCGGAUACUUCCUAAAAUAAGAAUGACUCAAGAAGCUUUCAGCAAUACAAGAGAUGGUGUUUGGAAUUUGCAGAAUGAGCAGACCAAGGAACGUACCGCAGUUGCUUUUCUACGGGUUGACGAUGAGCACAUGAAAGUGUUUGAGAAUCGUGUGAGGCAGAUUCUGAUGUCCUCAGGGUCAACUACUUUCACAAAGAUUGUUAACAAAUGGAAUACAGCCUUGAUUGGUUUGAUGACUUAUUUCCGUGAAGCAACUGUGCAUACUCAAGAGCUGCUAGAUCUGCUCGUUAAAUGUGAAAACAAAAUUCAAACCCGUAUCAAGAUUGGGUUAAACUCAAAAAUGCCAAGCAGGUUUCCUCCUGUUAUCUUCUAUACACCAAAAGAAAUUGGAGGACUUGGCAUGUUAUCCAUGGGUCACAUAUUGAUUCCUCAAAGUGACCUUCGAUAUAGUCAGCAAACAGAUGUUGGUGUAACCCACUUCAGGAGUGGGAUGAGUCACGAGGAGGACCAGCUGAUUCCAAAUCUUUACCGGUACAUUCAGCCAUGGGAGAGUGAAUUCAUUGACUCACAGCGGGUCUGGGCAGAGUAUGCAUUGAAGAGGCAGGAAGCACAGGCACAAAAUAGGCGUCUAACUCUUGAAGAUUUGGAAGAUUCUUGGGACAGGGGAAUUCCACGCAUCAAUACUCUGUUUCAGAAAGAUCGGCACACUUUAGCGUAUGAUAAAGGGUGGAGAGUGCGCACAGACUUCAAGCAAUACCAAGUUUUAAAACAAAAUCCUUUCUGGUGGACGCACCAGAGACAUGAUGGGAAAUUGUGGAACUUGAACAAUUAUCGAACUGAUGUAAUCCAAGCUCUUGGUGGUGUUGAAGGAAUUCUUGAGCAUACCUUGUUCAAAGGAACAUAUUUCCCAACUUGGGAAGGUCUCUUUUGGGAAAAGGCAUCUGGCUUUGAGGAGUCAAUGAAAUAUAAGAAGCUUACUAAUGCACAAAGAUCUGGUCUGAAUCAAAUUCCGAACCGUAGAUUUACACUUUGGUGGUCCCCCACGAUAAACAGGGCAAAUGUUUAUGUGGGUUUUCAAGUGCAGUUAGAUCUAACCGGCAUCUUCAUGCAUGGGAAGAUCCCGACCUUGAAGAUUUCAUUGAUUCAGAUAUUCCGUGCUCACUUGUGGCAGAAGAUUCAUGAGAGUGUUGUUAUGGACCUCUGUCAGGUUUUGGAUCAGGAGCUGGAUGCUUUGGAAAUUGAGACUGUGCAGAAAGAAACAAUCCAUCCUAGGAAAAGUUAUAAAAUGAACAGCUCCUGUGCAGACGUUCUCCUUUUUGCUGCCCAUAGAUGGCCCAUGUCAAAGCCUAGUCUUGUGGCAGAGUCAAAAGAUGUGUUUGACCAGAAAGCAAGUAAUAAAUACUGGAUAGAUGUACAACUUAGAUGGGGAGACUAUGAUUCUCAUGAUAUUGAGCGCUAUACUAGGGCCAAAUUUAUGGAUUACACAACAGACAACAUGUCUAUAUAUCCAUCUCCAACUGGGGUUAUGAUUGGGCUUGAUCUGGCGUACAAUUUGCACUCUGCAUUUGGCAACUGGUUUCCAGGGUCCAAACCACUGCUAGCUCAAGCAAUGAAUAAAAUAAUGAAGUCAAACCCAGCUUUGUAUGUCUUGAGGGAGCGGAUAAGGAAAGGUUUGCAGUUGUAUUCUUCAGAGCCUACAGAGCCAUAUUUAUCGUCUCAAAAUUAUGGGGAGAUCUUUAGCAAUCAGAUAAUAUGGUUUGUUGAUGAUACUAAUGUCUACCGUGUCACAAUCCACAAGACAUUUGAAGGGAAUCUCACGACAAAACCCAUAAAUGGUGCAAUAUUCAUAUUCAAUCCAAGAACCGGGCAGCUAUUUUUGAAGGUUAUUCACACUAGCGUAUGGGCAGGACAGAAGCGUCUGGGUCAGCUUGCCAAGUGGAAAACUGCUGAAGAAGUUGCUGCUCUUGUGCGGUCUCUGCCUGUGGAAGAACAACCAAAACAGAUUAUUGUGACUCGUAAAGGGAUGCUUGAUCCGCUGGAGGUUCACUUACUUGAUUUCCCCAACAUAGUUAUUAAGGGAAGUGAGUUGCAGCUCCCGUUCCAGGCAUGUUUAAAGAUAGAGAAAUUUGGUGAUUUGAUUUUGAAGGCAACGGAACCACAAAUGGUUUUGUUCAAUAUUUAUGAUGAUUGGCUCAAGAGUAUAUCAUCUUACACUGCAUUCUCCCGACUCAUUCUGAUUCUUCGUGCGCUUCAUGUUAAUAACGAGAAGGCAAAGAUGCUGCUCAAGCCUGACAAGACUAUCGUUACUGAGCCACAUCACAUCUGGCCUUCUCUUACUGAUGAUCAAUGGAUGAAAGUCGAGGUUGCUUUACGGGAUCUCAUACUCUCUGACUAUGCCAAGAAGAACAAUGUGAACACCUCAGCACUUACACAAUCUGAGAUACGUGAUAUUAUUCUUGGAGCGGAGAUCACUCCUCCAUCUCAACAAAGGCAGCAGAUAGCAGAGAUUGAGAAACAGGCCAAAGAAGCGAGUCAACUGACAGCAGUCACCACAAGGACCACAAAUGUGCAUGGUGAUGAACUCAUUGUCACAACCACUAGUCCAUAUGAGCAAGCUGCAUUUGGUUCUAAAACAGAUUGGCGUGUCAGAGCUAUAUCUGCUACAAAUCUCUAUCUUCGAGUCAAUCAUAUAUAUGUGAAUUCCGAGGAUAUCAAGGAAACUGGAUACACCUAUAUCAUGCCGAAGAAUAUUUUAAAGAAGUUCAUCUGUAUAGCAGAUCUGCGAACUCAAAUUGCUGGGUAUUUGUAUGGCAUAAGCCCCCCAGACAAUCCUCAGGUUAAGGAAAUUCGGUGUAUUGCAAUGGCCCCCCAGUGGGGGACUCAUCAACAGGUGCAUCUUCCAUCAGCUCUUCCUGAGCAUGAUUUCCUCACUGAUCUGGAGCCUUUGGGAUGGAUGCACACACAACCAAAUGAGCUUCCUCAGUUAUCACCACAGGAUCUCACUGCUCAUGCUCGGGUUUUGGAGAGCAAUAAGCAAUGGGAUGGAGAAAAGUGCAUCAUCCUGACUUGUAGUUUCACUCCAGGAUCAUGCUCCUUGACUGCAUAUAAACUUACUCCUAGUGGUUAUGAGUGGGGACGUGUCAACAAGGACACAGGAAGCAAUCCUCAUGGUUACCUACCGACCCACUACGAGAAGGUUCAGAUGCUCCUGAGUGACCGCUUCCUUGGUUUCUACAUGGUUCCUGAUAAUGGGCCAUGGAAUUACAACUUUAUGGGAGUGAAGCACACAGUGAGCAUGAAAUAUGGAAUCAAGCUAGGGACACCUCGAGAGUAUUACCACGAGGACCAUAGGCCAACCCAUUACCUGGAGUUCAGCAACUUGGAGGAGGGUGAGACAGCUGAAGGUGAUCGAGAGGAUACCUUCACUUGA